ACUGUGGUUGUUGUCAAACUGUGGUUAUGGAGACGAAAGAGGAGAGUCGGGCAAGGUGUAUUGCUGCAGGAUGCCGCACAAGAUAGGGUUUGCAGUGAUCAGCUCCUCUGGCCACGAGGAUAACUUCAGCGCCAAGGAGCUGAUGGUCCAUGCGCCGACUGUCAAUGGCUGGAGGUCUGCCAGGUUCUGCUCCUACCCACAGCAGAUCACCCUGCGGCUGGCGGAGCGCUGCCGUGUCAGGAAGCUGCAGCUGCUGGCCCACCAGUACAUGAUCUCCGCCAAAAUCGAGUUCCACAUCGGCGACAGGCCGCCAGAGUCAUCCUCGCCCCACCCCGCUGAGCAUUUCCGCAGGCUCGGGUAUGUGUCACUGUCAGACAAUGAGAAAACAGGAUUCAAAGCUCGCGAGCUGAAGUCCGUUCACGUGGACGCUGUUGGAACAUACCUCAGACUGACUUUCCACAGAAAUCAUGUCAAUCGUUUUAACCUCUACAAUCAGGUUGCAUUGGUUGCGAUAAACGUUCUAGGAGAUCCAGUGGAUGGCAAAGAGAUGGACCCAAUUCCCACCAGAGAUCAACUGAUUGAGCAUUACCUCAACAACACGCAGCACGAGAUAGCCUUGGAUGGAUCUUACUCAGGGAAGUGUGAGUCCAUAUCCCCUCUGGAUGACCUGGCAUUCGACAUGUACCAGGACCCCGAGGUGGCCCAGAUCAUCCGCAGGCUGGACGAGAAGAAGCAGGAGAUGGUGCGGCAGGAGAGAUACGACCUCGCCAAAAUACUUAAGCAGGCCAUCGCUGAUCUGCAGAAGGUAGGGGAGCGGUUGGGCCGCUACGAGGUGGAGAAGCGCAGCGCCAUCGAGAGGGAGGACUACGACACGGCCAAGCAGAAGAAGGAGCAGAUGGAGGAGUACCGCUCCAAAGUGUACCAGCAGCUCGAAGUGCACAACCUCCUGGACAUGGGGCCGAUUCAGAGAGCAGCUGAAUUUGUGCCUGAAGAGCGCCAGGUCCCUUCCUCGUCCCCCUUACGGGGGAAACAGGCCGGGUCUCCUUCUGACACCACCAGGGAGAAGAGGCAGGAGAAGGUACCAGAGCCAGAGCCAGAACCAGAACCUGAACGGAUCACCCCCAAAUCCCCGAUCCUACAGCAGGCCCGAACCCCUCCAACGCUCCCCCCGGCAGCUCCAGAGGUCCCCAUGAUCAACGUCAGCUCGCUGCCCUAUGAUGAGAGACCCCUGCCCGCACUGCGCAAGCAGCUGAACCCUGGGGAGCUGCUGGAGAGCCAACCGGAGGAGCCCCCUGACUCCGCCCGCCCAUCCCACAGCCCCGGAGUAACCGGGGAGCCCGAACCCCUGACAGAGAAGGCCAUGCGCGAGGCCAGCUUCCCCAUCGAGGUGUAUGGAGACGGGCUGGUGGCGGGAGCCUACUCAAAAACCUGGUCGUAUCGGGAAGACGCCCUGCUGGCGGUCUAUAAGAAGCUGCAGGAGGCCCCAGCUGGGACUCCGAAGGAGGAGCUGAGGACCAUGAUGAGGGCAGCUGUGUUUCUCGCCAGGAAGGCAAUCACGGACAAGGUGUCAUCUGUGUUUCAGGCCUCACUGAAGCUGCUGAAGAUGAUGCUGACCCAGUUCAUCCCGAAGCAUAAGCUGGGUAAGGUGGAGAUUGCACACUGUGUGGAGCAGACCUGGCCCAACCUCAUCACCAGGACGGGAGACUCCGCCACCAGGCUCCGGGUCAUGGCGACCGACUUCAUCCAGGAGAUGGCGCUGUUUAAAGAGGUGAGAUCGUUGCAGACGAUCCCCACCGAGCUGGUGAAGCCCAUGAAGUCCAAUGUGCCGGCUCGCCUGGCACUGAGCCGCGUGGAGCUGCUGGAGAGGCUGCUGACGGAGUUGGGCACCGAUGGCUCUGGGUUCACUCUCGACAAUGUCAUGCAGUUUGCCACAGGUGCUUUGGAGCACAGCGCGUCCGAGGUCCGAGAAAAGGCUGUGCGGAUCAUCCUGGCCAUGUACCGCCAGCGCAAGACCGCUGUUCUGGACUUCCUGCCGCCCGACGACGCCAGCACGCGCAAGAACAUCCUCUACAAAAACAUGUUUGACAGCUUCGCCAAGAUAGAUGGCCGAUCCACAGAGCCCCAGAGCAAGACGCUGAAGAAGGGAGGUGCACAGGAGGUGGAGAAGGAGAAGAAAGAGGAGAUACGGACUCUUCAGGAGCAGCUGGCCGCUUUGAAGGAGAUCAGCGAGAAGGAGAAAGAAAAGGGCAAAGAGAAGAGCAAGGGGAAGGAGGUUCCUAAACCCGGAAAAGCAGGUACCAAAAAGAUGACCCCCACCAAAAACACAGAUCCGGGAGAUGACCAGUCAUCAGUUGUAAAUUAUUUAGACAGCAUGUGCAUCUUCUGCGGGGAGAGGGACGAGGCGUUCACGGAGGAGGGCCUGGACCUGCACUACUGGAAACACUGCCCCAUGCUGCGGCGCUGUGACCUGUGCAGACAGGUGGUGGAAAUCUCCAGCCUGAACGAGCACUUGCUGGUGGAGUGCGACAGCAAGGACGUCUUUGCCAAGUGCCCGCGCUGCGCCGAGGCUGUACCCCGGGAGGAGCUGGCUGAACAUGUGCGGAGCCCCGCCUGCAACCCUCAUGCGUCAGACAACGUGUCCAACCACUGUCCGCUGUGCCAUGAGAACUUCCCGCCUGGAGAGGAGGCCUGGAAAUCUCACCUCAUGGGGAGAGACGGCUGUAAACAGAACCCGCGGAGGACGGCAGCUCUGCAGCGAGCGCAGCACUCACAAGGGAAGAUUGGCGGUGCGGGUUCUACAAAGCAGGUGCCCACGGGGUCGAAAGGCAGAUCUGGGGUCGGAGCGAGCAGGAUUCCAGCCCCCAAGGCUGGAGCCAGCAGAGCGGGCCGCCACAACCCUGUAAGACGGUGAUCCGGCAAAACCGCACCCCCAACCCCUCCUCCACAGGGGGGCUCCUCGGGUUCUCCCAGACGACACUGAGACCUUGGCAAUGUGAAUGGGAGCGGGGAACCAGGGCGGGCCCCCACAGUGAAGCUGCAGUCCUCUUGCGGAAAGCUCCCUAGGGGGUCAUUCCCGCUCCGCAAAAAUCCAGAGCGCAGCUUUAACCAACGUCCUUCUGUGUAUCUGUGUUUACACUGUGUUACACUGUAGCUACCUGUGUGACCUUCAUCAAUGCAGGUAUUUUCCGUAGUUUUAGCAGAUAUUGGAUAUUUGUACUUUGUUAAACUAAAAGGGGAGCUUCAGUGAAGAUCUGAAAUGCAGUCAUGUUGUUCUUUAAUUUACAGCUUAGAGGGUGUGGAUUUUGAAAAGCAAGGGAUGAGUUUUAGAGCAGAUAAACCUUCCUUUUCUUCCGUAAGUACAUCAAGCUCUUACAUCGGUGUUCCAUUAACCCCCUCUAUCGAAUGACCUAAAGACAUCGAUAACGUACUCCCUACAACACAUCAUUUUUCAUAUUUCCAUAUGGGGCUGCAAAACAUGUAUACAUGGCUGGCCUUUCCUCUUUAUGGAAAUGUUUGUAUUACUUUCAUUUGGAACCGUGUGCUCGUCAAUUCAUUCCUCUCUGCCUCCAAUUCCCUGAAUUCAUGAAAAGCUAGUCAUGUCUGUUCUGCCUGUUAGCACAUGCCUAGCGAUCUGCUAAAGAGGAUGUAAAUUAAAACUCCACACAGU